GCACCCAAGAAAUCACUCGCUCUCUCACCACCGCCGACCCCACAAACCAUCGGCGGAGGUUCCUCCUUCCCAGGCGUACCCACCAUUGCCGCUCCUCCUAGCUCGCCACGUCUCAAGGACAAAGUCUGCAUUAUAACCGGUUGCAACAGUGCUCUGGGUAUCGGCAGAGCUUCAGCCUACGAGUUUGCUUCCGCGGGAGCAAAAGCAUUGAUUCUAUCCGAUUUCGACACUUCCAACUUGGACAAUUGGAAACAAGAUAUCGAGAAACUGUAUCCGGGAACACAGGUGGUGGUACAANAAGUGGAUGCUGGGAAUGAAGAGGAUGUCAAGGCAGUGGUCAAGUUGGCCGUGGACAAGUGGGGCAGACUGGAUGUCUUCUUUGCGAAUGCAGGUAUCGGAGGUACCAUGGAAAGAGUUUACGAAGUCGGCAAGAAGGAAGGCAAGUCCGAGGAAGAGUUUAUGAGAACCAUGAAGCAUGCCGCCAAUGCAAUGCUCCAAAACAAACCUAAUCCCAGUGGUUCCAUCAUCAACACAGCUUCGGUGGCUGGUCUACGCUCCAACGCCGGCCCUACAGAUUACUCUGCCUCCAAAGCCGCAGUCAUCAGUAUAACACAGACAUCGGCCUACCAACUCGCUGGCACCAGCAUCCGUUGCAAUGCCAUCUGUCCAGGUAUCAUCGAGACCGGCAUGACCGCACAGAUGUACAAAGCAGCAAGGGCAAGAGGUAGUGAAGGCAAGAUUGGCCAAUUGAAUCCUUUGAUGAGGGNNGGUGCGGUAGCAGAUGAGGUUGCAAGAGUAGCCUUGUUCUUGGCUACCAAUGAGAGUAGUUAUGUUAACGGACAAGCUUGGGCUGUUGAUGGAGGUUUGAGUGCCGGUUUGCCAUUCGUACCUGGCAAAUUGGCG